CAUCAACGAGAAUGGGAGGAGGAAGUAGACUCCAGGGGAGGCGGGUGGCUCCAAGCUUCUCUCCCUUUUAUCUUUUCACUUAAUCCUUUCCCUUCCCUCUCCACACAAUCUCUCUCUCCCCCUUCCUCUCUCGAAACCGCUCCUCUCUGUCUCUCUUUCUGUAUAUUGAUAUAUUGUACACAAUCUUCGCUGGUGUCUCAAGAGAUUAUUGAUCAGCCAUGUCUGUGCAGUCAGUGCCUCAGCUUCUCUACUCCAAUGGCCGCUCUCCGAGACCUACCCCCGGCUUUGCCACCAACAACAGAAGCCUCGUCUUCGCCGAUUUCAUCGGCCUCUGCUGCCAUUCCUCUAAGCGCACUCGCCGGAGACUCGGUUAUUCCGCUACUACUCAGAGGUCUCGCGUCUUAUCGCCUAGCCACUGGUCACCUUCGAUCAGAGCCGUUCUUGAUCUUCAACGCCUCCAGUGUUCGCCGCAACAGUCGUCCGAUUCCACACCAAAGGUUGCAAACUUGGAGGAUAUUAUAUCAGAAAGAGGUGCCUGUGGAGUUGGAUUCAUUGCCAAUUUGGAAAAUAAAGCCUCACAUCAGAUUAUUAAGGAUGCUCUUAAUGCUCUUGGUUGCAUGGAACAUCGUGGGGGAUGUGGAGCAGAUAAUGACUCUGGUGAUGGCUCAGGAUUGAUGACAUCAAUUCCAUGGGAUCUUUUUAACAAUUGGGCUAACAAGCAAGGACUGGCUUCCUUUGAUGAGUUGCAUACUGGUGUAGGAAUGGUUUUUCUUCCCAAAGAUGAUGGACUUAUGAAAGAAGCCAAAUCAGUUAUUGGUAACAUCUUUAGAGAAGAGGGCCUUGAGGUGCUUGGAUGGAGGCCUGUUCCUGUAGAUACUUCUGUAGUUGGUUAUUAUGCAAGAGAAACCAUGCCCAACGUGCAGCAGGUUUUUGUCAGAGUUAUUAAGGAAGAAAGUGCAGAUGACAUUGAAAGAGAACUAUACAUUUGCCGGAAGUUGAUUGAAAGAGCAGCAAACUCAGGAAAAUGGGGAAAUGAACUUUAUUUCUGUUCUUUGUCCAACCAAACAGUAGUUUACAAGGGAAUGCUCCGCUCAGAAGUUCUGGGUAGAUUCUAUUAUGACCUCCAGAGUGAUCUUUAUAAAUCCCCUUUUGCCAUUUACCAUCGGAGGUACAGCACAAAUACUAGUCCUCGGUGGCCUCUCGCUCAACCAAUGAGGUUCCUUGGUCAUAAUGGAGAGAUCAAUACCAUACAGGGAAACUUGAAUUGGAUGCAAUCUCGAGAGAACUCAUUGAAGUCUCCAGUAUGGCGAGGUCGGGAGAAUGAAAUUCGUCCCUAUGGCAACCCAAAAGCAUCUGAUUCUGCAAACCUUGAUAGUGCAGCAGAAUUGUUAAUCAGAAGUGGCCGAAUUCCUGAGGAAGCUCUAAUGAUUCUUGUCCCAGAGGCUUACAAGAACCAUCCUACUCUGACAAUCAAGUAUCCUGAGGUUGUUGAUUUUUAUGACUAUUACAAGGGUCAAAUGGAGGCUUGGGAUGGUCCUGCUUUACUCUUAUUCAGUGAUGGGAAAACAGUCGGAGCUUGUCUUGAUCGGAAUGGACUGCGCCCUGCUAGAUACUGGCGGACCAUAGACAAUGUUGUCUAUGUUGCAUCUGAGGUUGGUGUUCUUCCAUUCGAUGAAUCAAAAAUUAUCAUGAAGGGUCGUCUUGGUCCAGGAAUGAUGAUAACAGUUGAUCUACCUAGUGGUCAGGUUUACGAGAAUACAGAAGUUAAGAAAAGAGUUGCCUCCUUUAACCCUUAUGGGAAAUGGGUAAAUGAAAACUUGCGAUCUGUGAAGCCUGCGAACUUCCUCUCUGCAACAGUAAUGGACAAUGAAGCUAUAUUAAGACGCCAGCAGGCAUAUGGCUACUCUAGUGAGGAUGUCCAAAUGGUCAUUGAAACUAUGGCUGCACAAGGAAAGGAGCCUACAUUUUGCAUGGGGGAUGACAUUCCCCUUGCAAUAUUGUCUCAGAGGUCACAUAUGCUUUAUGAUUAUUUCAAGCAGCGGUUUGCUCAGGUUACUAAUCCAGCUAUUGAUCCUCUAAGAGAGGGCUUAGUAAUGUCUCUUGAAGUCAACAUUGGGAAGCGUAGGAAUAUAUUAGAAGUUGGACCUGAGAAUGCCUCUCAGGUUAUCUUGUCUAGUCCUGUACUUAAUGAAGGGGAACUUGAGUUGUUGCUGAAAGAUCCCUAUCUAAAGCCCCAAGUCAUAAAAACAUUUUUUGAUAUAAGAAGGGGCAUUGAGGGUUCCUUGGAAAAGACACUAAAUAAUCUGUGCGAAGCUGCAGAUGAAGCUGUAAGAAGCGGUUCCCAAUUGCUUAUUCUCUCUGACAGGUCUGAUGAGCUGGAACCUACUCGGCCUGCUGUUCCAAUUCUCCUCGCUGUAGGUGCUGUUCACCAGCAUUUGAUUCACAAUGGUUUGAGAAUGUCUGCUUCCAUUAUAGCAGACACUGCUCAGUGCUUCAGUACUCAUCAAUUUGCUUGUUUGAUUGGAUAUGGUGCAAGUGCUGUAUGUCCGUACUUGGCAUUGGAAACAUGCAGACAAUGGCGUUUGAGCAAUAAAACCGUCAAUUUGAUGCGCAAUGGGAAGAUGCCCACUGUUACAAUCGAGCAGGCUCAGAAGAACUUCUGCAAGGCUGUUAAAUCCGGUCUACUAAAAAUUCUCUCAAAAAUGGGCAUCUCAUUGCUUUCCAGUUAUUGUGGUGCACAGAUAUUUGAAAUUUAUGGAUUAGGAAAGGACAUUGUUGAUAUUGCAUUUUGUGGAAGUGUAUCUAGUAUUGGUGGAUUAACUUUUGAUGAGCUUGCAAGGGAGACUUUAUCAUUUUGGGUGAAGGCUUUCUCUGAGGAUACAGCUAAAAGGCUAGAAAAUUUUGGGUUUAUACAGUUCAGGCCUGGAGGGGAAUAUCACGGAAACAACCCUGAGAUGUCUAAACUGUUGCACAAAGCUGUUCGUCAAAAGAGUGAAAGUGCUUAUUCAGUGUAUCAGCAGCAUUUGGCUAACCGGCCGGUGAAUGUCCUCCGUGAUCUUCUCGAGUUCAAGAGUGAUCGUGUCCCAAUUCCAGUUGGGAAGGUUGAACCUGCUUCAUCUAUUGUUCAACGAUUUUGUACUGGUGGAAUGUCACUUGGUGCUAUAUCUAGGGAAACUCAUGAAGCAAUUGCUGUUGCAAUGAAUAGAUUGGGUGGGAAAUCUAAUUCAGGAGAAGGUGGUGAGGACCCAAUUAGGUGGAAACCACUUACUGAUGUUGUUGAUGGCUACUCGCCAACAUUGCCUCAUCUCAAAGGUCUUCAAAAUGGGGAUACUGCUACAAGUGCUAUCAAGCAGGUUGCUUCAGGUCGUUUUGGUGUCACUCCAACAUUCUUGGCCAAUGCUGAUCAGUUAGAGAUCAAAAUUGCUCAAGGUGCAAAGCCUGGUGAAGGUGGCCAAUUGCCGGGGAAAAAAGUUAGUGCGUAUAUUGCAAGACUAAGAAAUUCCAAGCCUGGGGUUCCCCUUAUAUCCCCACCUCCACACCAUGAUAUCUAUUCUAUUGAGGAUCUUGCCCAAUUGAUUUUUGACCUCCAUCAGGUCAACCCUAAGGCUAAGGUGUCUGUAAAGCUUGUGGCAGAAGCUGGAAUCGGUACUGUUGCUUCUGGGGUUGCAAAGGGUAAUGCUGAUAUUAUACAGAUAUCAGGGCAUGAUGGGGGAACUGGAGCCAGCCCUGUAAGUUCCAUCAAGCAUGCUGGUGGUCCUUGGGAACUUGGGCUUACAGAAACACACCAGACACUCAUUGAGAAUGGACUGAGAGAAAGGGUCAUUCUAAGAGUUGAUGGAGGCUUCAAAAGUGGUAUUGAUGUCCUAAUGGCUGCAGCAAUGGGUGCCGAUGAAUAUGGAUUUGGUUCUGUGGCAAUGAUUGCUACUGGAUGCGUUAUGGCCCGCAUUUGCCAUACAAACAAUUGUCCAGUUGGCGUUGCCAGUCAGAGGGAAGAAUUAAGAGCUCGUUUCCCUGGUGUGCCUGGUGACCUUGUGAACUACUUUCUAUAUGUUGCUGAAGAGGUAAGGGGAAUCUUAGCACAACUGGGCUAUGAGAAGUUGGAUGAUGUUGUUGGCAGAACAGAUCUGUUAAGACCACGGGAUAUUUCAUUGAUGAAAACACAGCAUCUUGAUCUCAGCUAUAUUCUUUCUAGUGCUGGAUUACCAAAGUGGAGCAGUACUGAAAUCAGGAAUCAGGAUGUUCAUAGUAACGGCCCUGUCUUGGAUGAUAUUAUACUUUCAGAUCCUGAGAUUUCAGAUGCAAUUGAGAAUGAGAAGGUGGUUAAUAAAAGCGUAAAAAUAUACAAUGUGGACCGUGCUGUUUGUGGGCGUAUAGCAGGUGUAGUUGCAAAGAAAUAUGGUGACACUGGUUUUGCUGGGCAGCUGAAUAUUAUGUUCACGGGGAGUGCUGGACAGUCUUUCGCUUGUUUUCUGACACCUGGAAUGAACAUCCGGCUGGUUGGAGAAGCUAAUGACUAUGUGGGAAAGGGUAUGGCUGGAGGUGAAUUGGUUGUAACUCCUGCUGACAAUGCUGGGGUUUGUCCUGAAGAUGCCACUAUUGUGGGGAACACCUGCUUAUAUGGGGCUACAGGUGGUCAAGUCUUUGCCAGAGGGAAGGCUGGGGAAAGGUUUGCAGUAAGAAACUCUCUUGCAGAAGCUGUGGUUGAAGGUACUGGAGACCAUUGUUGUGAGUACAUGACCGGGGGUUGUGUCGUGGUGCUUGGAAAAGUGGGUAGAAAUGUUGCUGCGGGUAUGACUGGAGGUUUGGCUUAUAUCCUUGAUGAGGAUGAUACUCUUAUCCCCAAGGUAAAUAAGGAAAUUGUAAAGAUCCAGAGAGUGGUUGCCCCCGUGGGGCAGAUGCAGCUAAAGAGCCUGAUUGAAUCCCAUGUUGCAAAAACUGGUAGUGGCAAAGGCUCUGCUAUAUUGAAAGAUUGGGACAAAUAUCUCCCUCUAUUUUGGCAGUUGGUUCCACCCAGCGAAGAGGACACCCCCGAGGCUUGUGCAGAGUUCGAGCAAUCAGCUGCCGGGCAGGUGACUUUUCAGUCUGCUUAGAACCGUACAAGGGCAGUUUUAUACAACUUUGCAGUCGCAUACCCGUCCCCUUCAUCGAGCAGAACAGAGUAGAUCUCAAGAUGGAAAUUCUUACUCAGUUAUGGAAGUGGUUUGUGCAGCAACUGAGAAAAUAAUGAUCAUCAUUGCUUUUCUAUUGCCAGGAGAUGAGAAGAAACCUUGUUUAUAUAACUUGGUCAAUCAAGUUUAGCUGUAAUGCUGCUGCUGUGCAGUGGCCUUGCAGGAACUGUAAAUUCAGGCAAGCUGUAAAUUUUCUCUUCUCUUCUAAUGUUUUUUUCUCAGGAUCUUAUUGGAAUUUUGAUUUCCUAGCACUCUUUCAUGGCUUGUAUCCUGGCUUGAAUAUUUCAUAUCUUCAUUAGGAUAAGCAUAUUGAAAUACAAAAUUCUCCAUUUUCAGCUAA